GAAAGCUUGAGCGCAGUGUCCCUCAGUCACACAGCAACAUUUACUCAUUGUUCUCUUCAAAGAGUUACUUUAGGAAAGGGCCUGGAUAUGGCUACGUCUAUACUUGGGUAAAAAGCACAAACUUUCCCUCCACACACAGGAAGAGCCGCGGUUUGGAACUACCCCUUUAGCUAUGCUGGCUGCAACCUGCAACAAAAUCGGCAACACCAGCCCCCUCACAACUUUACCCGACUCCAGCGCGUUUUCCAAAGGCGGAUUUCAUCCUUGGAAAAGAUCUUCGUCGAGCUGCAACUUGGGGUCCAGCCUGCCAGGAUUCACGGUCGCGACGAGCCGAAACACCUCCGGAUUAACGACCACCACCGGCACAGGCAACAGCGCUUUCUGUCUGGCCUCCACCUCACCAACGUCCUCUGCGUUCUCCAGCGAAUACAGCAGCUUAUUCUCCAACACGGCAAGCGUUUCCUCGCAGGAGCCCGGACAGUCUGCGUUCAUUUCCAAAGUUCACACGUCGGCAGCAGAGACACUAUACCCGCGGGUCGGCAUGGCGCACCCGUACGAAUCGUGGUACAAGUCCGGCUUUCACUCCACCAUCUCGGGUGAGGUGACCAACGGCGCGUCAGCAUGGUGGGACGUUCACACGAAUCCGGGCUCGUGGCUCGAGGUUCAAAAUCCGGCAGGUACUUUGCAAACUUCACUGCACUCCGGAACCCCACAAGCCAUCCACUCCCAGCUCAGCGGCUACAACCCGGACUUCUCGAGCCUCACGCACUCCGCGUUCAGCUCCACUGGCAUCAGUCCCACGGCGUCCCACCUCCUGUCAACGAGCCAGCACCUGUUGACGCAGGAAGGAUUCAAAACUGUCAUCCCCACUUAUACGGACGCAUCGGCCACAAACGCUAUGAUAUCGGGUGCCAGCUCGGGCAUAGGAACCUCGUCCAGGUCGUCCAGGAGAUAUUCGGGACGGGCCACGUGCGACUGCCCGAACUGUCAGGAGGCAGAGCGCCUCGGCCCUGCGGGUGCCAGCUUGCGCAGGAAAGGACUUCAUAGCUGUCACAUCCCGGGCUGCGGUAAAGUCUACGGCAAGACAUCUCAUCUCAAAGCGCAUCUGAGAUGGCACACCGGCGAGAGGCCCUUUGUGUGCAACUGGCUUUUUUGUGGCAAAAGGUUCACCAGGUCAGACGAGCUUCAGAGGCACCUGCGCACUCACACGGGGGAAAAACGGUUCGCCUGCCCGGUAUGCAACAAGCGUUUCAUGAGGAGCGACCACUUGAGCAAACACAUCAAAACACACACCGCCGGAGGUGGAGGCAAAAAGGGCAGCGACAGUGACACCGACACUAGUAACCUGGAGACCCCCAGGUCUGAGUCGCCGGAACUGAUUUUAGACGGCGUAAACCCCCGGGUCACGGUCAAAGAUCAGUCUCCUCACCACGAGUCCUGAACGUGAUUUAUGACCUCAAAUCCAUUUUCCUCAUAGCUAAAUCGAGACAAGGAAACGGGUCUGGAGUAUGUGAAAAACUUUUAGUAUUCUGCAUUUCCUCGCAAAACGAGUCGACGUGUGGCUCAUAGGCAUUGGAAACAAAUUAAGCGCAACACUGGUUAUUUCUGCUCUGCACAAACAAACACCUUUCGGGACGAUAAGAGUCUUGUCAAGGCUCAGUGUUGUAAAAGCGGACAUUUGGUUUGGAUCAAUGCGCAAAAAGAUGGAGCUAAAUAAACCGCGGCUACCGCUUGAGCUAUAAUUCUGUACAUAUAUCCGCAAAAUAUGUUAUUUUUCCCUGUAAAUGUUACUUAUGAUUGUUUUGUGGUGGAUCCUGAAAUUCAGGGAAUUUUCUUUCCUUUCGACGCACUUUGUGGAUGUCAGUAUGUAUGUUACACAGCUAUUUAAAAUUCAUUUAACCUUUCCUUUACAUUGCUAAAAAUAUAUAAAUGUUUAAUUGUAUAAAGUCACGCUUAAGGCUUUCAUUUUGUAAUUAAAGGGAUUUAAAAUCUAAAGCUUGGGUUGUCUGAAGCAAAUAUUUUCAUCGAAAUUAUUUUUACUGAAUAUAUGGGUAACUUGUAAAAUUUACAGACAAAUCAGUCAGCACGUGCAUUGCAUUUAUCGUGAAAAUGUAUAUAUUAGAAAAACGAAAUAAUGCGUAUAUGUAUAGAGUAAAUAUCAAUAAUCCGGCGCGUUUCCCAGUGCGAUAAAUCAAUAGUUAAUGCCCCGAAAAAGGUUUUUUUUUUGUCCAAAUGAAAACCUUGUUAAAUAUUAUUAAUUAUGACUUGGAGCACAUCGCAGCCCCAUGUGUCUUGUAUUGGAGAUUAGGGAUUCAUGUCUUAUCAAAUAUCUAAUUACUCUCCGCAGACAAUCAUUUGUUCAGUGGCUCUUUAUCGCACAUUUUCCGAUGGGACUCGGUGACAAAGGACCUCUGAAUAUUUAUUUGAAUCGCUCAAAUUAACUGCUUAAAUUUGCAUGUCAAACGGAAAAUGUCCAUCUAAGAGAGCGCUGAAGGCAUAAAGCAUCGUUUAGCUUUUAUAAAACGCUACACUUGAUUUGGUGUUAUGGGAACAGUUUUUUUCUUUCUUUCUUGCCUUUUCUGGAAGCCACUUUUGAAAAGGAAAAUGGGGAGAGGCCUUAUGCAAAUGCCGAAUUUAAAAUGCUCUCGCAGUAAAAUGGUCUUUGGCUGUUAUUUGAAUAUCAGUGGCCCUGUACUGAAAAGGUUCAAGGAUGCUCUCUGACUUCUUUGUGUUUAUCCAGUGCAGCGUCCGAUCCCACAGAAAAACGCGGCGGAAUAAUUACAGCCCGAGCCGCAGCCUGGGAACUCGUUAGGCAUGUGCGUCUGCUCCAAACGCUUUUGGGGUGCAAGGUAAAUUGACCAGAAGGCAAUAGACUAAAAUUAUUUUCAUUUCCUUUUGUGUGGUGCUGAACGACCAGUGGCCUAUUCAGGAGAAAAAUACACAAAUGGAAAUGGUCCAUUAUAAUUUAACGACCUAGCUUUUAAAAAUAUCUGAUAACAUUUUGCAAAUAACUAAUGGAAAUAUGUUUAUAAAUAAUACAAUUGUAAAGUGCAUAAAAUAAAUUAUAUAGUUUCCAAAUAACAUGAAAUUACAAAUAGGCAUACCAAAAAAAAA